AUGUCAGACGACAUGGAAGAGGUUUUGGAGAGGCAAGAGCGAGAAAGGCGAGCAAGAAUGCGUAGAAGAGCUGCAAGCAAAAGGGCGCAGAGAGAACUAGAUGAGCAACUUGGUGUGGCCGUUGCUUUGCUGGAGGAAGAAAACCAGAGCCGCCGUGGUUCACGAGAAGGCCGGGCACAGAAUGUGGACAGACAUAGACAUUCUCGGGGUAAGAAUCUUAUGGAAGAUUAUUUUAUCCCACAAUCUCUGUACUCUGAUGUUCAUUUUCGAGCAAGAUAUAGAAUGCAACCUCAUUUGUUCAAUAAAGUCAUGCAUGAUAUUUGCAAUUAUGAUGACUACUUUGUUCAAAAGAAAAAUUGUGCUGGAGAUUUGGGGCUGCUUCCCGAGCAAAAGUUCACAGCUGUGAUACGAAUGUUGGCGUAUGGGUCAUCUGCUGAUCAAGUGGAUGAGAUUGCCCGGAUGGGGAAGUCCACUAUUUUGGAGAGCUUGGUGCGAUUUUGUGAUGCUGUGGAAAAUCUGUACACCAGGGACUACCUGCGCAGACCUACGCCCAGGGACCUGCAACGGCUUCUACAAAAAGCUGAGUCUCGUGGAUUUCUUGGAAUGAUUGGUAGCAUUGACUGCAUGCACUGGCAAUGGAAAAAUUGUCCAUCUGCUUGGCAAGGGGAUUAUGGGAAUCGGAAAGGGCAGAAAAGCAUCAUCCUCGAAGCAGUUGCUGGUUUUGAUACAUGGGUUUGGCACGCCUUCUUUGGAGUUGCCGGCUCUCAAAAUGAUUUGAACGUCCUGGGUCAAUCCCCGGUGUUCAAUGAUGUUCUGAGAGGUGAAGGCCCAACUAUCACAUAUCAAAUUAAUAAUACCGUCUACCAGAACGGGUAUUAUUUAGUUGAUGGUAUCUACCCGAGGUGGACAACAUUUGUGAAAUCAAUUCCACAUCCCCGAUCCCACAAGGAAAAUUUUUUUGCUGCCUAUCAAGAGGGGUACAGAAAAGAUGUGGAGAGGUGCUUUGGUAUCCUUCAAGCCCGGUGGGCAAUUAUCAGGGGAGCGGCACGUCUAUUUGAUGAGGAGGUGCUUAGGAGUAUAAUGAUGACUUGUAUCAUCCUCCACAAUAUGAUUGUGGAAGAUGAGUAUGAUUACGAUGCUGCUGAAGAUGAGUAUGAACCAGAUCCAAUGAACACCGCCUUAACACGAAUUUAUGAAAAACCUAUGGGGCCAAAUGGAGAACCAGUGCAGCAUGAUCCGUUAGUUAGAGACGAUAGUUUCAUGCAUCGGAUGAUUGAGCGCUACACGGAGAUGCAAUCGUCAUAUAUUCAUGAACAUUGUCAAAUGGACUUGAUGGAGCAUUUGUGGGCGGUGAAAGGCAAUGAAGGACAAUAA